AUGGGCGUGGGAGUAGACCUGGCGUUCUUCACCCCCAAGGUGCAGCAGCAGGUGGUACCUCAGAAGAUGCUGAAGCAGCGAGUUGUGAACAUGACGAACUCCCGAGCGCAAGUGUGGACAAACCCUUUCGUGAACCAGACCUACGGCGUGUGGGAUCAGGUGUCGGAGCUCUUCGUGAACAGCCGUUCGGCCCGCGAUGCUUUCAAGUUCACCUUUCAGAACGACUUCAGCUUCCAGGAGCAGUUCUCAGAAAGCGUGGACGGUGACGCGCUGUUCGGACUGAUCUCCGCCUCCGAGGAAAUGUCCGAAAUGUUCUCGCUGGUUACCAAGGUGGGGGCGACCAUGGUGGUGCGUUCUGGAGAGGUGGACACAUACACAUCGGAGCUGUAUCCUGUGCAGAACUUGUCGCCAGAUAGUAUGUUCCUGGAAUCCGUGAAGGGCAUCCCAAUGUUGUGGUUCACACCCACCGCAUGGGCAGGGAAAGUGGUGCCGCACAUGCAAAACUACGGUACUCAUCACAUCAACACCAUCAGCGCUGGUGGAGAGUUUCGCUAUGCUGCGAUUGUGGAGGCUUCGUACAUAUCUGCGCAUGGAAGCGCCGAGAUGGAUGCAGAGGCGGAUGCCGAUUUCCUCUUCUUCUUCUCCGCCGAUGCUGAGGCCCAUGCAUCGGCCAGCGCAAGCGAGGCUUUCCGACAGUCACUCUCCCUGAGGCAGGUGGUUUGCAACGGUGGGAACGGCAAGUGCAACGCAAAUUCCACAGCUACGUAUGAUGCAUGGGUGGAUUCUGUCCACAAGUUCCCCUGGGUGCUGAGUGCGCGCUACACUCCGAACUAUGCUCUCGUCCCUACGUCAGAGAACGGCAUCGUUCUUGAAGCGGUGACCAUCGCAUAUCUGGCGUGGCAAGGCAUCCAGAAGCUGAUGGAGGAGCUGACUGCGAUUAGGGCAGUCCUCAAGAUGUACGCAGGACUGGCAGACCCUCUCUGCAGCUUUCAGAAGAUUGGCACGUGCAGCAGUGGCUCAACGUCGUGCACUCACGCGGGAAGCUCUGGGGAUCCCACGAAAUUGAUUCCCAUCGUUCGGGCGAAUGCCCAAAAGCUGUACAAUCAGACAGAUCCACUCCACGCUCAGUUUCAGACGACUCUGGGGGCAAGGAAUUCCUCUAUGCAG